AUGUCACCCCAGGGGCCCCAGUGCAUGCUGGGAAGGCUCAUUUCCACGCAGCAGCUUCAGAUACUCUGGAGAGCAGCCAUGGACGUCCUCUCCUCGGUGGUGUCCCCUCUCCUCCUCCUCCUGCUCCUCCUCCUGUCCUCCCUGGCCUCCUGCACCUCCUCCAUGCUGUGUCCGAAGCGCUGCACCUGCCAGAACCUGCUGCCGUCCUACACCGUGCUGUGCGCCGAGACAGGCCUCCUCUUCGUCCCGCCCAACAUCGACCGCCAGACGGCCGAGCUGCGGCUGAUGGACAACUUCAUCACCACGCUGAGGCACCGCGACUUCGCCAACAUGACCAGCCUGAUCCAUCUGACCCUGAGCAGAAACACCAUCAGUCAGAUCCGGCCCUACGCCUUCGCCGACCUCCAGGACCUCCACGCCCUCCAGCUGGACGCCAACCGCCUCACGUCCCUGGACGACGCCCACUUCCAGGGCCUGGUGAACCUGCGGCACCUCAUCCUGGCCAACAACCAGCUGCACAGCAUCACAGACGGAGCCUUUCAGGACUUCCUGGAGACGCUGGAGGACCUGGACCUGAGCUACAACAACCUGGUGGACAUCCCCUGGGACACCGUGGCCAUGUUGGUCAGCGUCAACACGUUGAGUCUGGACCACAACCUGAUCCAGAGCGUCCCCGAGGGGAUCUUCUCCAACCUGCACCAGCUGGCCAGACUGGACAUGACGUCCAACAAGCUGAAGAAGAUUCCUCCCGACCCGCUGUUCCUGCGGAUCCCGGUGUACGCCAAGCUGAAGGGUUCUCCUCUCACCGCGCUGGUGCUGAGCUUCGGAGGAAACCCUCUGCACUGUAACUGUGAGCUGGUGUGGCUGCGCCGGCUGACCCGCGAGGACGACCUGGAGACAUGCGCGUCCCCCAGGGACCUGGCCGGGAAAUACUUCUGGACCAUCAAGGAGGAAGAGUUUGUGUGUGAGCCACCGAUGAUAACUCGCCACACCUCCAAGAUGUUUGUGAUGGAAGGUCAGGAGGUCAGCCUGCGCUGCAAGUCCAUCGGCGACCCCGAGCCCUCGACGCACUGGGUCAGUCCGGACGGGAAGCUGAUCGCAAACACGUCCAGAAGCGUCUGCUACGAGAACGGCUCUCUGGACAUCCUCAAGGCCUCGGUGAAGGAUUCUGGAAAGUUCACGUGCAUAGCGUCGAACGCCGCCGGCGAGGCCACGGCGCCCGUGGAGCUGGUCGUGAACCCGUCUCCGCACUUUGACCCCAAGCUGGACCCGGACCCGGGGCCGUCCGACAUCCCCACCUCCAUCAAGUCCAACGCCAGCGGAGGCCACGCCCGGUCCGACCAGCAGAGGGUCAGCGUGUCGGAUCUGACCUCCGGCUCCGCCACCAUCAGGUGGCCCCCCCAGAACCACAUCCCGGGGGUCCGCAUGUACCAGAUCCAGUACAACAGCUCCACCGACGACCUGCUCAUAUACAGGUGA